UGCUGCUGGGAGCACCACCAGGGCCACGCUCACCCAGCCUGCCUGUGGCCAGGCUCUGUGCUAAGCCAGGUUCCUACCUUCUUUCAUUGUAUCCUUAUAACCUUAGGAGGUAGGAAUAUUAUUAUUUCCAUUUUACAGGAGAGGAGACUGAGGGGCUAAGAGGUUGUCACUUAUCCAUGGUCCCAGUUAGUAAGAGAGUUGGGAUUUGAACCCAGGUCUGGUUCCAGAGCCUGGCUCUAAACAGCUUUGCUCCCCUCUCCCUUCCCCUACCUUUCUUCCCCUCCUUCCCCCCACAGAUGUUCUGGGAACUCGGUGGCCUGUGCCUCCACCCCGCUAUGAUGCUAUGAGGAUUCCUUCAAGAAUUUGGCAGCAACAGCUUUGAGGGGGGAGGGAUGGAGAAAAAGGACAGGAUCAAGUGUCUGUGCUUAAGUUGCAGGUGGUCACUAUUGCUGGCAGGUGGAGCCAGUGCAGGAUGCUGCCUUCAGCGUCUCACACCCCUCCCACCACCCCUACCACAAGCUCAGAGGUUAGAGUGAGGCCAGCUGGGGGAGAGAUGCCGCGGAGGGGAGCAGGGACCUGAGGCUUUGGGCCCCCUGAGAAGCUGAAGAUGGCACCACCACCUCCCACUGUCUGGGGACAGCCUGUCCUGGGCAAAAGGGAGGAGGGGCAUGGCAUAACUGUGUGACCUUGGAUAAGUUCCUCAAAUUUUCUGUUCCCAUAGACUCAGGAGCAUCAACUUGAUCCAGAUCUCCUUGGGCUGUGGUCAUCCUGGGACUUUGGCUGGGAAGAAGAGGGACACAGUUGUGUGACUAGACAGGGACCCUAGCUAUAACCUUGCCAGAGCUUAGGAGCCAUCAUUCAAAGAUCUGCUUUUAGUCCUGACCACUCUGCUGGGUGUGAGCCCCCAGGCCAGUCUUUUCCCCUCCUUGAGCCUCAGUUUCCCUGUAGGUAAAAUGGGCAUGACCGACCUCUCUGCAGGCUUGUUGCUAGGACAUCUGAGAAGGAUGCCACCUUGACAGUGUCCUCUGUCUCCUUGCAGACGGAGGCCCGGGAGCCAUGGGCGACUGGAGCUUCCUCGAGAAGCUGCUGGACCAGGUCCAGGAGCACUCGACUGUGGUGGGCAAGAUCUGGCUGACAGUGCUCUUCAUCUUCCGCAUCCUCAUCCUGGGCCUGGCUGGUGAGUCGGUGUGGGAGGACGAGCAGUCGGAUUUUGAGUGUAACACGGCCCAGCCGGGCUGCACCAAUGUCUGCUACGACCAGGCCUUCCCCAUCUCCCACAUUCGCUACUGGGUGCUGCAGUUCCUGUUCGUCAGCACGCCCACCCUGGUCUACCUGGGCCACGUCAUUUACCUGUCCCGGCGCGAGGAGCAGCUGCGGCAGAAGGAGGGGGAGCUGCGGGCACUGCCGACCAAGGACCCACACGUGGAGCAGGCCCUGGCAGCCGUAGAGCAUCAGAUGGCCAAGAUCUCGGUGGCGGAGGAUGGUCGCCUGCGGAUCCGCGGGGCGCUCAUGGGCACCUAUGUGGCCAGUGUGCUCUGCAAGAGCGUGCUAGAGGCCGGCUUCCUGUACGGCCAGUGGCGUCUCUACGGCUGGGCCAUGGAGCCCGUGUUUGUGUGUCAGCGCCCACCCUGCCCCUACCGCGUAGACUGCUUCGUCUCGCGCCCCACGGAGAAGACUAUCUUCAUCAUCUUCAUGCUGGUGGUCGGACUCAUCUCCCUGGUGCUCAACCUGCUGGAGCUGGUGCACCUGCUGUGCCGCUGCCUCAGCCAAGGGGUAAGGGCCCGACAGGGCCAGGACGCCCCCCCAGCCCAGGGCACCUCCUCGGAGCCUUACGAGGACCAGGUCUUCUUCUACCUCCCCAUGGGCGAGGGGCCCUCAUCCCCCCCAUGCCCCACCUACAAUGGGCUCUCGUCCAGUGAACAGAACUGGGCCAACCUGACUACGGAGGAGAGGCUGGCUUCUUCCAGGCCCCCCCUCUUCCUGGACCCACCCCGGCAGAGUGGCCGGAAAUCCCCCAGUCGCCCCAGCAGCUCUGCUUCCAAGAAGCAGUAUGUGUAGGAGCCUGGGGUUGUGUCACCCAACAGUGGGGCCCCGGGAAAUCUGGCUGCCUCAGAUGCCCUCUCCUUGCAGGCUCUGCGGAGAUGACUGGGGCUGGGGAACAGGUGCUUGCCAGCCACAGGGCCUCAUUGCACGUUGAUCUUGAACACCUGGAGUCCUCCUAGUGCCCAGAGGUUGUCACAGUUUCCCUUGCAGAUCAUAGCUUUGCCCCAGGCACGGAGAGAGCCAGUUUGGGGUGCUCUUGGCCAAGAGUGAUGUGGGCCAUCUGGCCCUCUUCACCUGGAUCAGAGGGACCCAGAGACAAUUUACCCCACCCCACCUUCAUGGAAGAUGCACCUCCACCAGGUUGUCCUCACACUCUGUCCUCCUGGGAAAAGGCUGCUCGAGGCUGCUGGGUGGGCCUUGAUCACACACACACAGAGCCUGUGCUGGAUCCGGCCCUGUCAAGAGGACUGGUGUCUUGUUGUUGUCACUCCUGCCUAGUUCUGCUGUUUAUGCUUCUAAAAUAAACAGGACUUGACCACAAGCUAGGUGUGUCUUGAUGCUGUUGUGCUGUGCCUCG